UUGCCACCCCCUAGCAUUUACUCAUCACCAUUUUCACCACCACUCCAUGCUUAUAUAUAGAACCAGUGAGCCAUCCAAUACCUCAUCCACAACUUUCUUGGAUCUUCCUCUUAGUUUUAUACUAUCUUUCUUUAAGUUUCUUUUGUUGUUGUUUACUUUUACUUGUUUUAAGAUAAAAUAUGUCUCCUAGUGCAAAAAUGGAGCUUAUAGACUCUCUAAACAAAAGGGCAUACGUAACAUUCUUGGCUGGCAAUGGGGAUUAUGUGAAAGGCGUGGUAGGUUUAGCCAAAGGUUUAAGGAAGACCAAAACUGCAUACCCUCUUGUAGUGGCUGUUUUGCCUGAUGUGCCAGAGGAGCAUCGCCAGAUUCUCGAGUCUCAGGGCUGUAUCGUCAGAGAGAUUGAGCCUGUUUACCCACCGGAAAACCAGACCCAAUUUGCUAUGGCUUAUUAUGUGAUCAACUACUCAAAACUGCGCAUUUGGGAGUUUGUGGAGUAUGAGAAGAUGAUAUACUUGGAUGGAGAUAUUCAAGUGUUUGAGAAUAUUGACCACCUUUUCGAUUCACCAAGUGGGUAUUUGUAUGCUGUGAUGGACUGUUUCUGCGAGCAGACCUGGAGUUACUCUCCACAAUAUAAGAUUGGGUAUUGCCAGCAGUGCCCUGAAAGGGUUCAGUGGCCAAAAGAGAUGGGCUUGCCUCCUCCACUCUAUUUCAAUGCUGGCAUGUUUCUCUUUGAGCCUAACCUUUUGACCUACGAUGAUCUCUUGGAAACCGUCAAAGUCACUCCUCCUACUUUAUUUGCUGAGCAGGACUUCCUGAACAAGUUCUUCAAGGAUGUCUACAAGCCUAUUCCUCCAGUGUACAACCUUGUCUUGGCUAUGCUUUGGCGCCAUCCUGAGAAUGUGGAGUUUGAAAAAGUCAAGGUUGUCCACUACUGUGCAGCGGGUGCAAAACCAUGGAGGUACACUGGGAAGGAAGAAAACAUGGACAGAGAAGACAUAAAGAUGUUGGUGAAGAAAUGGUGGGAUAUAUAUGAGGACGAGUCAUUGGACUACAAGAAUGCUAUGGCUGCUGAUCAGGAAAAACUUGGACCAAUAAUUGCUGCAUUGACCGAGGAAGAAGUGGUUCAUCAGAGGAGUGCUCCAUCUGCUGCUUAAAACAGACACUUGAUGCAUUUUAGGGUUAGGGCAUAAAUCUGCAGUCCAAACCAUGAACUAUAUAUAUAUAUAUAGAGAGAGAGAGAGAUUAUAUGUGUGUGAAUGUAAAAGAGAUAUAAAAUGCUGUAGCAUGUCUUGAGUUGUGUUAAUAUAUGGUAAUGGCAACCUGGACAGCUACAGAGCUGGAGAAGAAUAAGCCAAAUUAAAUUAAUAUUAUGCUUUGUACUUAUCCUUAA